AUGACAGCUGGCGAGUUCAGUGAGUGUUUCCCUACCUCAGUGGGAGUGCGCCAGGGCUGUCUCUUGUCGCCUACACUGUGUAACAUAUUCCUAGAAAACAUAAUGAGAGAGGCUCUCACACCAAAGGAGUCUCCUGUCAAGCUUGCAGGACGCAUCAUAACUCACCUUCAGUUUGCAGAUGACGUAGACUUGAUAGAUGGCUCAGCAGCAGACCAGCAAGAACAGUUCAGUAGCUUAGACUCCACGAGCAGGAGGUAUGGCAUGGAGGUGAGCCUCGACAAGACAAUGUGCCUAGUAUCGGGUCCACCAGGCUUUAGAACACAAGUCACAGUAAGAGGUACAGAGUUGGAGCAGGUCGGGGAGUUCACCUACCUCGGCUCCUUACAGACAGAGGACGGCAGUUCAGCCCGAGAAGUGAAGGUUUAG